AUGGGCGUCACUGCCUUUCCUGGAAGAAAGCUUUCGACCUCAGUGUUCUUGGUUUACAUGGCUGGGCUCCUGAUUGCAUUCAUGCUCGGAUACAAGCAAGGAAAAACGACAGAUAGGGAAGAAAUAACCACGCAGUGCUCACAAGAGCCUGAGAAGAGUCUUUUCCUUAUCCUUUUCCAUCCCCAGUCGUCCUCCCUCCAGCCCGACCGCUCUCCUCCUCAGGAAGAGUGA